AUGGUUGGCGAAAUCGUGAGAUUCAUCAAGGUGUUGCCAGUAUUCAUUUUGUCCUCUUUGUAUUGCUAUUUCAUAGCUUCAAAGUUUUCCAAAGCCAAACUCCGGCUUCUCUCUCUCCUCCCUGUCUUCUCCAUCUUCGUCGUCCUCCCUCUCUACUUCUCCUCCAUCCUCUUCACUAGCAGUGUUGGCUUAUUCGUCACCUGGCUUACCACCUUUAAGCUACUUCUUUUCACAUUUGAUUCGGGUCCUCUAGCUUCCAACCCACCAUUGUCCUUCCCUCUUUUUGCUUCCAUUGCUUUCUUUCCAACUAGAACCAAGCACAACAAAACAACCCCACAUGAUCAAAAAUCGCUUCCAAAGUUAUUGCCUCUAAACUUGCCAACCAAAGUGGUGAUACUUGCCAUAUUGAUCUUAGGAAACAGCUAUAUUGACCUUGUUUGUCCCAAUAAUGUAAAGUCAUGGAUCAAUGGUGCUACCGUGUAUUUCUACUUAGACGUAGUUAUGAGUUUGUCCAAUGUCUUUGUUCAAUCAACUUUCGGCGUCGAGGUCAGACAACCAUUCAACGAGCCAUAUCUGGCGACAUCGCUUCAAAAUUUAUGGGGCCGGAGGUGGAAUCUAUUAGUAUCUGAAACUUUGCACAGCACCAUCUACAAACCAAUUCGUUACAAAGUAGGGAUGCCACGGUGGGUGGCAGUGGUGACUGUGUUUGUGGUGUCGGGGCUUAUGCAUGAGCUUUUGUAUUACUAUAUGGUCAGAGCGAAUCCGACGUGGGAAUUCACGUGGUUCUUUGUGAUUCAUGGAGUGUGUUUGGCCUUGGAGAUUGAAUUGAAGAGGGCUUAUGAGAAAAAAUGGCAGCUACAAAGGGCAGUUUCUACACUAUUAACCACGAUGUUUACGGGAACCACCACUCUUUGGUUGCUUUUUCCUCUAAUGUUGAAGACUUUAGCCUGA